CUCUGCGACAUAGCGACAAUACCAUUCUGUGGUCCACAUAAUUUUCAAACCCUAAUCAAAGUGAGAAUCAGUUUCUGUUCAUCAUCGCAUGGAGCGCUUCGUAGAGUCUGCGCCGCUGCCCCAAGGGCAUCCGAGCUAUCCUCCUUCGGUGUCACCGCUGUCUCUAUCCUCCCCUGCUUCUGAGGCCCCAUCGGCGCACCUCCCGAUCCCGUUCUCCGCCAUCCAGAGCUCCAGCGACGUCAGUGAAGACGAUGACGUCAAAGCAAGCGACUCAGAUCUGAUCCCACCAUCAGAAUCAGACACAAACACUUCGAUUCCAGCCAGUAAUAUGCUUUCCGAGAAGCAGUUAAUCGCGCGGGGACGAGUGCUUCUGCAGGCAUAUCAAAGCCAGAAGAAACAGUGGUUGGAGAGCGGAGAGUAUGACUCACCAGAGGUGUCACACGCUCAGGCACCCGACAGUCCAAACACGACCGUGAAUAUCUUCCAUCCCUCUAAUGGAGAAUAUUCUACACUAGAAUAUCACUCGCCGACCAUGAAAUCGAUCACUACAGCCGAAGCUCCUUCGAUUGGCACUAAACUAGAAGAUCAAUCGCCCCCUCCGCCACCUCCAAGCUCUCCUCCACCCAGUAGUAUCGUGAGUGGACUCAGCACCUUCAGUAUUGGGCCUCUACCCCCUUCAGAAUUGAAAGUAAACCAGCCACUGUCAGGCAAUCACAGUGAGAAGAGCUGGACGGACUUUAUGCAGUUGCUGAAGACCAAUGGACGUAUGAUGGAUAUCGUAGACGCUCAACUGGCUCAGAUCUGGGAAGAAUUGGUAUCAGGCGAUACAAAUGCAAGAGGACCACAGCCAGUUGUGGACAAAUUGAGUGAAGCAGUGACGCAGCUGUUACAACAGAAACGUGAGGCUGAAAUUGCUAUUGCCAAACUGGCAGAAGUACUGGGGUCUCGUGUGUUUUUAGCUGGGAAAUUGUCGGAUGAUGCCGUGCAGUUUGUGAGUAACCAGUUGAGACUGGAGUUGCAGGCUUCUCAAACUCUUGUGGACAAGGUGAAUGCUGAGAAGAAUUCUUACAAAGAGGAAUUGAACGGAAGUGUCAAUGGCAAUAGUCGAACUGAUGAGAUUGCCAAGUUAUUGCGACAACAGUUGCAGGAUAAGAAGGAAGAGUUGCAAGCCAGUCAAGCUGAGGUUGCAAAAUUGAAGGACCAAUUAGCACAACAAAAGGAAGCUGCUGCAGAGAAGCAGAAGAAGUUUGAACGUGCUCUGGAUGUAAAAUUACGCGAGAUUGAUGCUCUGUGUAGCGAUAUCGAGCUACCAGUGGAAUAUGAGCGAACAAAGACGACGGAAGGUGUUACAUGCUACCGAAAGAAAGGCAAUGAAGGCAAUGAGCUGGAAGAUCCACGUGUCGCUAUAGCGAUCCAACAGCGUUCACGAUCAGGUGACAAGGACGUUAUCCCUACUUCGACCGAGAUUACUAGCUCCAGUAGUACGCAGCGUCCUCGGGGUAUCAGCGCGAUGGCACGGGACUACGCAGCUCCUGACAACGUGAUGCGUCGCUCGUUCUCCACGCCACACAUUUCUCACGAUAGCAACGUAUUCGAGGACAUUCACGUCCCUCCAGAUGACGGAAGAAAACACACGAUCGAAGACUUCUCCACCCCAUUACCUGCUGGAUGGGAGAUGCGGGUGACAGCUUCAGGUGCUGUGUUUUUCUUUAACAAGUACACGUCCACCACGACGUGGACAGACCCACGUUUACUGGGAACGACAGCUUCUUUAGCGUCUCAGAAGCCUCUCGUUCGCAACUCAAGCGCUACGACAGCAGAGUCCCGUGCGUCUAGAUCCAAUUCGACUGCUGUGAACGCAGAUAUUCCCAGAACGGAAGAAGGCGUCGAGUAUUUCGACGUAGUGUUUGAGGAGAGUGGACCUAUCGGUAUCCAUUUCCAAGCGAAUAUACCGGACUCAGGAGCUACAGUUAGGAGUUUAUUGCACGAUAUGGCUGCUGAGCAGAAGAAUGUACUGCAACCAUUUGACGAACUGGUCGCUGUAAACAAGAACGCAGUGGAUUCCGCUCCAUUCCGACAUGUGAUGCUAUUACUCCAAGGAGGUUUGCGACCGCUGACGCUCACAUUCAAGCGAGAUUUAAACCGUCCACAACGUGCGAUGCCUCCUCUUCAAGUUACACCACUUAGCGAUAGCGGGUCUUCUGUGUCUGAUCACCUUGACGAAGAGGUUUUAAUCGACGAAGGUACAGUCGUCGACUUGGAGCAGCUACGAGUUCCAGUUGAGCCACCACAGACUACAACUGAAGACGAAGAGGAUAUGAACGUGGCUGAUGUCAUCAUCACCAACAUCUUCUCGCUGUUCUGGAAACCUCCUGAGACCACUGGUGAGGUCCAGACGGUGUAAGGAGAUUUAAACGCAGUUAUAACGCUGUAUUUAACAUUUUUGCAAGUAAAAAAAAAAACAUUUCUUCAGGUUGUUUAAAACUGCAGGUGUAGAAUCUUCGGACGAGCGAUUGUCAAGUCUCCUAUAG